AUGCGCUCCAUUCUCAUAGCCCUUACCUUCCUAACGUUUUCCACUGAGGCCAUUUUCAGACCAGGAUACGGAGGUGGUGGUCAUCGUCCUCCAUCAUCUUAUCAUGGUGGACAUGAUAACUGCAAGACGUCUCAAGCUCCGACAACUCCAACGACGCCAGUCCCAACAACACCAGCCAAAACGUGUCCAGAAGGUUUCAAAGCUUUCGAAAGAGUUCCAAGUGAGGCCAACUCCCAAACUUCGGUUUGGUGCAUGGGAAUGACUAACACCGACGCUGCAAUCAAAAUUUCCGAUGGAGAUGCUCUCUGCUCUGCAAUGCAUUCUUCAGCCGUCCCAACAAUGUUUGAAAACGAUGCCGAACGAGAGUAUUUCGCCACCGCAUGGACCGAAAAACUCACAGCAAUGGGGCAGGGGCUCCUUGGGUCUGUUGGAAUGGACGGAAGACUCAUUUCGGAGUGUAAAUCCAAGGAUAAGGCUAUUUUGGAAAGCGACGCGUGCAGCGGAACCAAGUCAUUCGUUUUAAGAGAUAAGCACACUGAUCCAAGCUAUGCAUGGACCAUCUGGGCAGAGACCGAACCAAACCAUCAUCAUUGGACUUUUGACAUUGAGGAAUGCAUUCAGUUUGCAAUCUGGAACAACAGACCAAAUCGUUCUAAGCUAUUGAAUGACAUCUACUGUAACAUGACUGUUGCUCCAAACGACCCAGCGAACAGAGUCUACUGGAACUUUGGAAUGAUUUGCGGAAUGCUUCCUAUUUAA